AUGUCCAAACCUCACACAAUCCACGAUGAAAGCCCGCAGUUGGCGAAGGCGAGCGAACCGUUCGAGGUCGACGUCCCGCAUGUGCCGUUGACUGAGGAGGACAGCAAGCGAAUCUGCCGCAAAACAGACCGGACCAUCCUCGUCGUGCUGAUCUGGGUCUACUUUUUGCAAAUUUUAGACAAGACGGUGCUGGGAUAUGGCGCGACGUUCGGGCUGAAAACCGACACUGGCCUAGUGGGGAACCAGUACUCUUUAGUUGGUUCGAUUAGCUCGAUCGCUCAGCUGGCCUGGCAGCCGUUCUCGUCAUAUCUCAUCGUCAAAGUGCCGCCGAAGAUUCUCAUGCCCACCCUCUGCCUGGGAUGGGGGAUCGCCCAGGCGUGUAUGGCCGCCUGCCACAAUUUCCAAGGGCUUAUGGCCACUCGCUUCUUUCUUGGCCUGUUUGAGGCCGGCUGCUUGCCGCUAUUUAGUAUUCUCACUAGUCAGUGGUAUCGUCGGGCAGAGCAGCCGUUGCGGAUCGCGGCGUGGUACAGUACUAAUGGGCUAGCGACCAUCGUGGCAGCAGCGCUGUCUUAUGGUUUGGCACACAUCAAAUCGGAUGUAUUACAAUCAUGGCAGAUUAUUUUCGUUUUUGUCGGCCUGGUGACAAUUGUUUCUGCCCCGGUGGUAUAUUGGCGCUUAGACAACGAUGUAUCGACCGCUCGGUUCCUAAAUGAAGAAGAGAAAGCCCAGGCAAUGGAGAGACUUCGUGCCAAUCAGACAGGAACCGGAAAUACCGAAUUCAAGAUCAACCACGUUGUGGAAGCCUUAUUGGAACCCAAAACCUACCUAUGGAUCGGGAUGGCAAUGCUCCUCAAUAUCGGUGCCAGUGUGACCAAUAUUUUUGGUCCCCUGAUUAUUGGCGGCCUGGGCUACGAUAAAUAUACCACCAGUUUGCUUACAAUGCCCUUCGGCGUAAUGCAAUUCAUCAUAAUUCUUCUUGCCAGUUAUCUGGCCCAAGCAGUCCGACUCAAAGCUGUUAUCCUGUCCACUUUUAUACUCCCGGUGGUCGCUGGUUUAGCCAUACUCUACGCUGUUCCCCGCACCAGCUCUGAACAAGGAGCACUACUGGCCGGCUAUUAUUUACUCGCAUUUCUUUUUGGCGGGAACCCGCUUAUCGUGACCUGGAUUGUCGGCAACACUGCGGGAAGCACCAAGAAGUCAGUCGCCAUGAGUCUUUACAAUGCCGCGUCCUCUGCUGGCAAUAUUGUCGGCCCGCUACUUUUCAGUGCACAGGACGCGCCCACGUACCACCCUGGGCUACGUGCCUGUCUGGGGAUAUUCUGCACUUUGGUUGCCAUUGUCCUUAUCCAGUGGACUAACCUUUGGUUCCUCAAUAAGCAGCAAGCCCGCCGCCGUGUGCAUAAUGGAAAGAGCGCCCAGGUCGUUGACCAUUCAAUGCAGGCCAAAUUCCACGGCAUUGAUGAGAAUCAGAAAAAUGACAUGGGACAGGAAGUCGUUCACGCUGGAGCACAUGUGGCAGACGACCUUACGGACCGAGAGAAUGAUGAAUUUGUGUAUAUUUAUUAA